CCUCUUUCUUAUUUUUUUUUCUCCUUCUGUAAUAGAAGAUAUUAUACCCCCAAUGAAUCAUUAUCAGCCAUUAUAUUACAACAGUAGUAAUAGUAGACUACCGCUCACACCCAGUAGUAUCUCACCGCCUUCUUUGGGUUCAAGGGAAUGCUCGUUAAACGAAAUGCCUGAACAAUCACACUCGGAAUCAUCUGAAUCACUACAUGAGUUUCCACAAGAAAUAACUUGGCUGUUUUUUCGAAAUAAUAAAUGGGUUCCCUUUCAGUCAAAUAAUCACCAAAAGAUAGAACAGGCAUUUACAUUGGGAGGUAUAUAUCACACAUAAUUUAUUAAUGUAAGAGAGUGGGUGUGGAUUUUCUUAAAAAAUAAAAAUAAAAUAAUACUUAUAACCUGGGAGAGAAGAAUUAAAAAAAAAAAAAAAUCAUCAAAAAGAUUAAUCACUAAUAAGCUUUUUUAUUUUAUGCCUGUAGGAAUUUAUGUGGAUAUUAAAGAUCUUAAUUUUCCACAUCUGAAAAGUAUACGCGUUUUCCCUACAAGAAUGUAUCUAUCUUACCUUGGUAUGAAGUAUAGACUAAGCUGUGUUAUACAAGGAUGAUCAUGCUUCCCUUACCCAAAUUAUGCAUAUUAGAACCAAUCUUAUUUAUGUAACUAACAAAGGAAAAAAAAACAACCAUUUUAUUCACACACUUGUAUAAUAUCUCUCAAUAAAAAAAUAAAAAAUAAAAAUAAUGAC